GAGAUCUCGAAGAUACCCUACAAUAUUUCUCUGGCGCUGCUGUUCCUAUUCACUUGACAGCGGCCGUCAACAAUAGAGGGAGGCGGGGCAUCACACAUUUCGCAUAUUCAAUUUCGCCUCCUGCAAAAAUGGCAGACACUUCGCUCCAGGAGCGAUUGCGCGAACACGCAGAGGCAUUUGAUGGACUGCUUUCUUUAAUACCUGCAAAACACUACUACGGCAAAGACAACAGUGACCAAUACAAGAAGAAGAAGCAAACCAAAGAGCAAGCCGCCGCAGCAAAACGAGCAAAGCUUGACCCAGACUCUGCCCAGAGUGCGAAAGACGUUAUGGACGAGCUUGCGAGAAAAAGGAAGCUGGAGGAGUACGAUGAUGAUGAUGAAUCGGAUAUCGAAGGUGUCGAGAAGGAGCUGCCAAAACAAGGAUUGAAGCUGGCACAAGACAAGAAAGCAAAAAAGCAAAAGACGUCGAACACGGAUACCCCGCAAUCGACAGCAGAAAAGCAAAAUUCUGAUCCCUCAAAGGAGGCGAUGAUUAGCGAAAAGAAGCGCCUAAAGCAGGAAAAGAAGAAGGAGAAGCUGUUAGAGAAGAAGGCCAAGAAAGCGAAACUUGCAGAGCAGGUGGUUAAACUGCCUGCAGAAGACGACGCUGAUAAAGAGCCAGCAGACGGCGAGGCCGCUGAGAAUGCAGAAUCGGCCGACGAAGAGCUUCCUGGAGAUGAAAUUGAGCACUUUGAAGCUGAGGGUCUUGAAGAAGACCAGCCCGAUGCACGAAAGUCUUCUGCCUCAAAUAGUCCUGCACCUCCUUCCCCAACCUUCGACAAUCCCUCUGAGCCAAGUGCCAACACCUCCAUAUCCUCCUCCAUACCUCCAGCCACCGCACCCAAACACAUCAAAAUACCUACCGACCCAGAGCUGCUGAGAGCAAGACUGGCAGCACGAAUAGAAGCUCUACGAGUUGCUCGCAAGGCCGACGGACCCGAUGGCAAACCGGCACGAAAUCGACAGGAACUCAUGGAGCAACGAAGGAAGAAGGAACUGCAACGACGAGCACAUAAAAAGGAGCUUCGAGAGAAGGCCAAGAGGGAGGAAGAUGCUCGCCGAGAAGCCGCCCUCGCAUCCGCACGAGAUUCCCCCGCAUCCAGCAUGCUGAGCCCGCUGAUCCGCUCCCCCGACAACAACUUCUCCUUUGGCCGGGUAGCCUUCGCGGAUGGACAGACACUCGCAGACGAUCUAUCCUCAUUACGAGAUGCACCUAAGAAGAGAGGACCGCAAGACCCAGCGACGGCGCUGCAAGCUAGCGAGAAGAAACGUCAACGACUAGCCGGGCUCGACGAUGAGAAGCGGGCGGAUAUCGAGGAGAAAGAGUUAUGGCUCAACGCGAAGAAGCGGGCGCACGGCGAGAAAGUGCGAGACGAUGCGUCGCUGUUGAAGAAGACACUGAAGCGCAAAGAGAAAGCGAAGAAGAAGAGUGAGAAGGAAUGGACGGAGCGGAAAGAGGGCGUAGCCAAGAGCCAAGCCAUGAGGCAGAAGAAGCGCGAGGAGAACCUGAAGAAGAGGAGAGACGAGAAGGGCGUCAAGGGUAAGGCGAAGGGCAAGCCGGCCGGUGGAAGCAAGGGCAAGAAACCAAAGAGUAGACCAGGAUUCGAGGGUAGCUUUGGCUCGGGCAAGCGUGGAUAA